AUGGUGCGCAUCUCGGCGACAUCGCUCGCUUCGCUGGCGUGCUUCGCCUCGGCUGCCGUGACCGGCGCUUCGGCCAAGACCAGCCUGUACCUCUCGCCAGCUACGACGCCCGAUGCGCAGGUCGACAUCGAUGCCAACCAGGCGCAUCGCAUCCUCUCACACCACAUGCACGUCGAGCAGCACGCGCACGACGAUGCGUCGUACCGGGAUGCCAAGGAUGUGUGGCAGAUGCUCGAUAUCGGCACGGCACACGCCAAGAUCGACAAUCGUGCUGGCGUCGAGCGUCUCUUUGACGGACACAAGGACGAGCCCAACCGCCUCCUCGUCCUCAUGCACGGCACUGCACACCAGGACGUGAUUCCCGCCAGCGUCGGGGCGACGCACAGCAUCGAGGGCGCGCCGAGCUCGACCUCGUUCGACGCGCUCUUUGACAGCUACCUCGGCACCGUCUCGAACACGCUCAAGUCGUCCGAGUCGGCAUUCUCGCACCUCGCAGGCACCUUCCUCGACGGCUUUACCGCCAGCAUCGACUGGCUCACCUCGCACGCCGACACGGCCGCCACACGCUGCAUCGACUGGCUCACCUCGCACGCCGACACGGCCGCCACACGCUGGUCCCACCACGCCGCGGCGUUCGGCUCGGACGCCUUUGCCAAGCUCGAGCACGAGCUGCGAGCCGUUGAGGCGCUCGUGGCCAAGAUGCAGGCGACGCGCGCCAACGACUCGGCCGACGAGCUCUCGAUGCAGCCGCUGCGAUUCUCGGCGCUUGGCGACGUCGAAGCUACCUACGGCACGGACAGCGUCGAGUUGGCGCGCGCCAAGCAGCUGGUGCGCGAGGCGAUCGAGCGUGUCACUGCGCUCUUCCAGGCGCGAUCCGAAGAGCACGGCCGUGUGCCUUGGAUCGCCUUUGUCGUCACCGAUGCCGACAUUGAGCAGCGGCUGGUGAAGCGCUCCAGCUCGGACCUCUUGGCGCCGUUCCUGGGUGCGCGCACCUCGGAGCUGUCGCAUGGUGCGGCUCUGCGUCCGGGCGAUGUGCUUGCGUCGACUGCCAAAAAGUCGAAACCCUCGCCGCUGCCCAAGAACCUCGCCGGUACGUGCUUCGGCUCGCAGUCGGAUCUCGACAAGGCCACCAACGGCUGUUCGGGCCACGGCAAGGGCGUCAAGUCGUCCAAGGGCGGCCGUGCGUGUUGGCGCUGCAAGUGCCAGCCCACCGAGGUGCGCAAGGGCAAAAAGACCUACUGGGCCGGUGCGGCGUGCGAGAAGAAGGACGUGUCGGCAGAGUUCAUGCUGCUGGCGUCGAGCGUCGUUCUGCUCGUGCUCAUCAGCGCUGGCAGCGUCUACUUUUUGUUCGCCCAGGGCUCUCAAGAACUCCCCGGCACCUUGGCCAGCGUCACCAUCAGUCUCAAGUAA